UCGUAUGAACUAAAAAGUGUGGCUGACAUUUCAUGAAUCUCUUUGCAGUCACUCAGGUCAUAGGUCGCUAGACAGACAGGCAGAUAGAUAGAUCGAUCGAUAGAGAGAUCAGUGUUCCUCAAUCAAACGUACACUUCACUCUCCACCCAGCCGGUGGCGCUGUCGACUUGACAUCGGCAUCGAACGACUUCCGCCUCUGUUGGCUCCUAAUGUGUACGUCACCUCGCGGGCUUUGUUUUGAUAUGGCGGCAAGUUCGUAUAUUUUUUGUUUGUUUAUUUGUUUCCCAUUAUUGGGGUUAAGGGAGUUUUAAAACCAAACUUUUCCACGCCACCGGCACCCCACUCUUCUCUUCGGCAUUGAAGGGGAGCCAAGAAGAGGGCGGCGGCAUCAUGUCCUCUCCCACCGCUGGGCUUCCGUACUCGCCGUCGGACUUUUUAGCCCGCUGGAUGCCGAGCAGCAGCAGGGCCGGUGUGAUUCUGGGCCCUGGGUCUCUGCAAUGUGACUCCCCGGUAGCUUCUGUGCCCCCGGAGCCAGAUGACUUUGCCCCCAUGGCUGCCUCAGUGGACAGCAGCUGCGUGGGGAUGGAGAGCCUCUCCGUGGCAGCUGGAGGCGACGUCUCGCAGGAGGUUUCCGUUAUGAUGAAGCUAGAUCAGCUGAGGAGGUGGCAGCAGCAUCUGGAGGAGCAGCUGAAAGCUGACCAGCUGGAUGAACUCCGUCGCCUCCAGGAGGAGCAGCGGAGCAUCCUGGCUCCCUCCAGUCCCGGACAGAGCCUCUCUAGUCAUCCCUGCGGACUCCAAAAGGAACACCGCCAAAAGGAAGAAGCACUCAUGCGGCUACAAAGUGGUCAAAAUGGUAUCGAAAGGCACGAUGAGGGAGAAGACCUGAGACAUGAUGGCUUUCCCAAGCUGACAGCAAAUAACCACAACAUUCACAACAACAACAGAAACCAUGAUCCUAUGCUACAAGACAGGCCAAUACAGGCAAGCAAGCAGACAUAUGAGGAGUUAUUGGAGGAGCACCUGAGGUUGGAGGAGCAGAGGUUGAAAUCUGCCCAGCAACAGCAGAAUCCAGAUGGAGGGCAGUUGGCGGCACCCCCAAAACGGGCCUUUCUGAGGCGAGGGAAGGGCUUGUCUCGAUAUACCAACAAGGCCUCUGUUCCUAAAGAGGACUCAAACACAGAUCCCAAAACAUCGAGCCAGGCCCUAGUCGUCGCCCACAGCAACUCUGAGCUGACAUGUAUCCAGAAAAGUGCAGCCAAGCGACUUCCUGUCCAGCGUAAAACCGCCACCCUUAACAAGGAGAACUCUCCAAGAGACAAAAAGGACAGAAGGGUUGAGAUUAAAGCAAGCGGGACCAAAGUGUUGGGAUGCUACCAGAGACAAAACACAGGCGGGCAGGUGAACACAAACAAACUGGUGGAGGAGAGUCAGCCUGCGACAAAGCAGGCCGGCGUGCAGGCAGCGUCGCCAGAAGUCUCACGGGAAUUGCUGGAGAAAGCAGAGAAGCUGCAACACCCAGAGUGCGAGCACCAUCUGGAGAUCAUUGAGCUGGGAGAGUUUGAGCUCCUGGAGCAAAUGGCCGAGGAGCUCUCCUUCUCAUCUAACUCCUCCUUCGUCACCAAGGUUCUGCAGAUGGACUGUGAGAAGCGGAAGCUGCUGGGUGUGGCUGGUCUCCAUCAGAGACGGCUCUCAUCCACACCCAUCAAGUCACCACUGGCCAGAGAGCAGCGGUGCAUCCCUGAAAUUAACGGUGGUGCUGUGAAGAGCCAUGACGAGGAGGAGGAGAACUCUUCAUCAGAGGCGGCCGCCGACGACUUUAAAGGGCCUGAACGAGCAGUCACGCCGCCUGUUUUUCCUAUCAGCCUUUGCUUCCCCGUCCCAUCCGAGCCGCCAUACGACAAGCGCUCCUACCAGGAUGAUGACUGUGAGAGUGACAUCGUUGUCAGCAGCAUUGAGGACGACAACUCCACGCUGGAGGACAACAAAGAUGUGACGGCGGGCCGAGUCAUGUUUGCCGAUGACAAUACAUGGAACGACAUGGACGACACGGCGGUCAGCGCUGAACCCGUUUCUACAGAAACAGCCAAUCAAGAGCCAGACGCUGCUCCUAUUCCGGCGCCGCCUCCUCCUCCCUCCUCCAAACUCAUGAUGAAACUGGUCCCCGUGCUCAAGCCAAAGACACCUAAUGCACCUCUCCCUCCACCUGAUUUCUCCUCAAUUUACACACCUGACAAGGUGGACGACAAGACGGGGCAGCAGGUACAGUCCACACAGUUGAGGGAGCGACUGGUGGAGCUGGAACUCGAGAUUGAGCGUUUCAAGAAGGAGAAUGCGGCGCUGGCCAAACUCCGACAGGAGAACGAGAAGAACCAGGAAAACCUCAGGAAGGAGCGGUUGGCCUGGGAGCAGCAGCAAGCCGAGCAGAUGGCUCACUUUGAGGAGUACAAGAAGGAAGAAACCAGGAAACUUCAGCGCGAACGAAAACUCUUUGAGAAACACGCCACGGCUGCACGAGCUGUGCCCGACAAAAAGGAACGCGAGGAGAUACAGGCUCUGAAGCAGCAGCUGAGCUCCAUGCAGGAGGAUCUGCGGAAGAAGGAGAGUCGCUGGUCAGCCACUCACAAUCGCCUUCGCCAACAGAUCGACUCGCUUGGCCAGGAAAAUAACGAGCUGAGAGAUGAGGUGCGCAUACUGGAGAAACUUCGUCUGAGUGUUUUGAAGAACUCUUUCGACUCAGAAAAAGAUGUAAAAAAUGUGCCUCCUGUUAUCAAAGGGGUUACAUUUGCUAAUCCUCUGGACUCCAGCGGGAGUGCCAGCCCUCCACAGGGCACCACUGCAGCGCCCAUCAGCGGCAACACCAUUGCACACGCGAGUAAAGGGAUGAAGAGCAGCCUGAGAAAGCCAACCUCCUCCUCAUCAUCAUUACGCAGACAAAUGUCAGAGGAAAAGCAAAUGGCUGCCACAGAGAAAUCUCCAAAUGAACAAUGUUCCGAGAGCUGCUCACCGAUUUUAAGAGAGUCAAAUGAAGCAGAGAGCACUAAGACUGAAUCUGUUCAGGAAGUCAUCACACAUCCUGAUGGCAAGGUGGAGAAGGUCCUGGCGAGUGGCAACCGCGUCUUCGUGUUCCCCAACGGGACCACGAAGGAGGUGUCAUGUGACGGCGUGGCUGUCAAAUUCAAGUUUUUCAACGGUGAUAUCAAAGAGGUGAUGGCCGACCACAGGGUGUUGUACUACUACGCCGACACCAGGGCAACACAGAUCACAUACCCGGACGGCAUGGAGGUCCUGCACUUCCCCGACAACCAGAUGGAGAAACUCUUUCCAGACGGCCGCAAGGAAAUCACGUUUGCAGACCAGACGGUAAAGACGUUUUUCCCAGACGGCAGCGAGGAGAGCGUCCUGACAGACGGAACUGUAGUGCAACUCAAAACGGACGGCACCCAGGAGAUCCAUUUCAACACAGGCCACAAGGAGGUGCACACGGCUGACUACAAGAGCCGAGAGUACCCCGACGGCACGGUUAAGACCAUCUAUGCCGAUGGACGGCAGGAGACGCGAUACCCCGGAGGAUGGCUGCGCAUCAAAGACAAGCAUGGAAACUUGCUCACGGAAGCGCUGCCGUGGACGGGCCACAAGUAGUGUACUGUAUGAAACGCAACCAAACACAAGGAGUCUUUUCUAUUCAUUUAUCCAAGUUUGGCCCUUCAGCAAGGAGAGACACUGGUAGGAUAUAUAUUUUUUUUAAAGUGAGCAAUUAUGUUGUAAUGUUGAAGAAUAAACUCUUACUAUUACAAGAAAACAAAUUCUAACGUUAAGAGAAUCAAGUCUGUUUAAAAAAAAAAAUACAUUUGUAAAAAGUGAAUGUCAAAAUUUGUGUAAAAUGUUUUUUGUUGUAAUGUUACAUUUUUGUAGUAGUACAACCUAAUUCUCUUAUGGCCUUAUUCAUGUUAAAGUGCAACUUUAUACUGAUUAAAUAACGACUUUACUCUCCUAAAAUAGCAGAUUUCCUCCCAAAAUAUAACGUUUUUGUAAUAUGUACUACAUCAUUCUCACAUUACAACUUUAUUCACGUACUGUAAUGCACGAGCUCAUUCCUAAAAAAUUACGACUUUAUACUCGACUAUUAAGCUUUUAUGCUCUAAAAAUUCUACUUGAAAUAUUGUGUAACAUGAGGACAGUAUUCAAAUGACUGUUUUCUUAAAAUAACAACUUCACUCUUUAAAUACAAUAUUGAAUUUUUACUAUUGAAUGUCUAUUUUUCGAGCAUUACUAUUUUUGUAAAAUUAUCAUUCUGUAGAACUGCUUAAAAUUACAAAUGUUUUUAUGUGAAAGGAUUUUCUCACAAAACUGACUUAUCACGAAUAAUUAUGACUUGAGCCCUGUAAAAUUGUGACCGCUUCGACUUUUUUUUAAUUGUAUGACUUCAUUCAUGUAAAAUUCUGACUUUUCUCUCGUCAUCUGAUGACCAUAUUCGUGUGGUAUAAUACAGUGCACUAUAUAUUUUUUCUUUGACAAUAGCACUCCUUAGUGGCACCUAGCUGGUCUCCUGUUAAAAUCUGUUUUUAAAGUGUUAUAGCUAGCUAGUAUGUAACUUUUGGCGUGUGGAUUAUAGCGUUUUUUAAAUAAUAUAUAAAGUAACCACUUGCUAUACAGCUAAAAGUUUUUUUUACAAUUUUCAAUUAAUGUUCCUGAGUACUACCUUGACUUCUCAAAAUGUGAAGCUAUUUAUUUUUUAGCUGAAUAUUAAAACAAAUGUUUACAGUUCA